AUGUCUUCCAGUUUUCUUUUUUUCGUUCAAAUACAUUUUUCUGUCUUUCUCAUACUUUUCUUUUUCCCUUCCUUUCUUCUUUCUUUUCUUUACUUUGUCUUUCUUUUUCUUUUUUAUACGUUUCUUUCUUUCUUUUCUUUUUUCUCAUACGUUUCUUUCCUUUUUAUGCCCUUCUCUCUCUCUCUCUCUUUCUUUCUUUCUGUUUUUCGUUCAAAUACAUUUUUCUUUAUUGUUUUUACACUUUUCUGUCUUUCUCAUACUUUUCUUUUUUCCUUCCUUUCUCUUUUCUUCCUUUCAUUUCCUUUCUUUUUCUUUCUUAUAAGUUUCUUUCUUUCUUUUCUUCUUUGUCAUACGUUUCUUUCCUUUUUAUGCCCUUUUCUCUCUCUCUCUUUCUUUCUUUUUUCGUUCAAAUACAUUUUUCUUUAUUGUUUUUACACUUUUCUGUCUUUCUCAUACUUUUCUUUUUUCCUUCCUUUCUCCUUCCUUCCUUUCAUUUCCUUUCUUUUUCUUUCUUAUAAGUUUCUUUCUUUUCUUUUUUCUCAUACGUUUCUUUCCUUUUUAUGCCCUUCUCUCUCUCUCUUUCUUUCUUUCUUUUUUUCGUUCAAAUACAUUUUUCUGUCUUUCUCAUACUUUUCUUUUUCCCUUCCUUUCUUCUUUCUUUUCUUUACUUUGUCUUUCUUUUUCUUUCUUAUAUGUUUCUUUCUUUCUUUUCUUUUUUCUCAUACGUUUCUUUUCUUUUUAUGCCCUUUUCUCUCUCUCUCUUUCUUUCUUUUUUUCCUUCAAAUACAUUUUUUUUAUUGUUUUUACACUUUUCUGUCUUUCUCAUACUUUUCUUUUUUCCUUCCUUUCUCCUUUAUUUCUUUCAUUUCCUUUCUUUUUCUUUCUUAUACGUUUCUUUCCUUUUUAUGCCCCUUUCUCUCUCUCUCUCUUUCUUUCUUUCGUUCUUUUCGUAAAUUUCUAAGUGUUUUUUUUUUUAUAAUUCGUUUAACUUUCUACAUCUUUCAAUUUAAAUAUCUUCCUUUCUUUCCCGUUGUUUCUCUUCCUUCCCCUCCUUUCUACUCCCACCUAAACGUGUUCUCUUUCCAUAUUACUUAUUUCCAUAUUUCUUUCUAUGGAACUGUUCAUUUUUUCUUUCAUAAUUCUUCUUUUGGGAAAAUCCUCAUCCCAUUCAACAAUGAAGAGUGUCAUUUUCAUCAUAACCCUCUUGAAGCAAAAAAGUUGAAAGUCAAUUAUUAUUUUCCUGAGCAACAGGAACGCUUUUGA